CCACUUUCAUCAAAUGGAUAAACCGUCGGUCUUUGAUUUAAACCAGCUGAAUGUCCCGGAUUCCCAAAAAAAAUCCCUUUUCCCCUCUUCAUCAACCUCCUUUUUUCUAUCUCACUUUGAGAUAGUAAUCCUCCCCUUGGGACCAAUCACCCACCGUCUGUAAAAAAGACGGUGCUUGUGCAAUCACUCUAGAGUAUUUACACGGUUUUCACCAGGCCUCGGGACGAGGCCAUUUUAAUAUAUCGUCAUGGCAGCCAGCUCCGCAUCAUCAGCAUGCUGCGUCAGUCGAGUCAGCUUCGGGUUCUGUCCACCGUGUCAGGGAGCCCGAGUCCCCAACCCAGCAUAGCUGGCAUGGCUGGGAGAGUUCCGCCUUAGGGCCGGCGGAUCUUUUCUCGUCAUGCGAUGGCUCGAAUGAGCCGUCUGUUGGGGACUGGCCCUUGGAAUUAAACAUCAACGGUGGCUAUGGAAUCAAUGUAGAACAAUGGCCUCUACCCGACUUUCGCGGGGUAGAGGACGUUUUUGAAUUCGGGAAUCACGUGUUCAACGGACCUUCAGAUGUCUCUGAAAUGUUGCCUAGCUGUGAACCUCAACCAGAGUUUCUCUUCAAUCAACCUCAUGACUCUUACAUCUUGCCUGAGUCGCAUAUUACCACUUCUAAUAAAUCACUUUCACCACAACCCACCAUGCCCGAGUCUUCCUCUAGUCAAAGCCAAACUCCGAAGACUCGGGGCCGCUCACCUUCUGUUGAUCCAACCACGGCUCUCAAGCGCCAACGAAACAACGUUGCGGCUCGCAAAUAUCGACAGAAGCGAAUAGAUCGGAUCAACGAAUUGGAGGGGGAACUCAAGGAUGUGAAGCAGGAACGUGAUGAUUUGCGACUUCGUCUAGCUCGUCAGGAGGCCGAGGCGGCAGCGUUGCGCAGCAUGCUGCAAAUGAAUUCUGGGAAGGGUGCGAAAAGUUAGCGAUAUUGGACAAUGCAUCUUGUGAUAUUUGAUAGUCCACUGAACAAUUAAAUUGGUUUUCUCAGACGAUGUCGACUCGUUUCAUUCCUCACGUGUUAUUGUCCCUUUACAGAACGGCAGAAUGUGAUAAAUAGGAUGAGGGAACGUGGUUGUCAUUCAUGGGUACCUAAGGUAAGAUGUGGUGUAGAUUUUAGCAUACCACGAUCAUUUCAACGCAGCCCGUAUCUGAAUGGCUUCGUUUCGACUUGAUCUCAACUUUAUCAUCAGACUGAAUAACUGUUUGGUUCAAUUACAACAUGUGUAUAUUUCUAUUACUGAGUAUAUAUAUCAAUAUAAUAUCCUACAACGACCACCAAAACUAUCCUGAAGCAUCAUCAUGAGUAUAGUAUGAGUGAAAAUGAUUCACUCGUAACUAACUAUCGCAUUCCGUGGUGAUGCCAAAAACAAAACCAC